UUUGCGUGCCCACCACAUUUCGGACCAAACCCCGUCGACUCCGAAUCGACGACACUAGAACUCGGAAUCUCUCUCUCUCUCUCUCUCUCUUCCGAAGCACUUCGGCCAUGGCUCUGCAACUGUGGGAGACCCUCAAAGAAUCCAUCGUCGCCUACACGGGCCUGUCCCCGGCGACUUUCUUCACCGUCGUCGCCCUCGGGCUCGCCGUCUACUAUGUCGUGUCCGGCCUCUUCGGGUCGUCGCCCGACCACCACCAGAGGCCCAGGGACCUCCAUGAGCAGAUGCAGCCCCUCCCUCCUCCUGUUCAGCUUGGCGAGAUCUCCGAGGACGAGCUCAAGCAGUACGACGGCUCCGACCUCAAGAAGCCUCUCUUGAUGGCCAUCAAGGGGCAGAUCUACGAUGUCUCUCAGAGCAGGAUGUUUUAUGGGCCAGGGGGUCCUUAUGCUCUAUUUGCUGGAAAGGAUGCAAGCAGAGCUCUUGCAAAGAUGUCAUUCGAAGAGAAAGAUCUGACUGGGGAUAUAUCUGGUCUUGGCCCAUUUGAAAUCGAUGCUUUGCAGGACUGGGAGUACAAGUUCAUGAGCAAGUAUGUUAAGGUCGGAACCAUCAAGAAGACCAUCCCAGUGACAGAAGGAGCAUCCACUGCUGAGUCUGCAGAAGUUGCUGAUAAAGAUGUGCCUAAGACGAGCGAAGAUGGCCCAUCAGAGAGCACUGAGGCUAAAAAUGAAGAAACCCCUUCAUCUGUCAAACCUGAGGAUGCUGAAUGAGCGAGGUUUGGGGAGGACUGUUGUCUGCAUACUUCUUGGUUGUCAUACCCAUAUUCCAAAAUAACUUACUGUUAUGAGGCCUAGGACACUGUGUGGUGAUUCUCAUGGAUAUUUAGUUUUUCAAAUAAUGUAUUUGGCACCCAAUGAACUUAGGUAUCUCGGAUUUUGGAGCUGCAACUUGUAUUAUGCCUUGCUGUGGUGUGAUAAGCCAACUGUAAAUGAGGAUCUUAGAAUUUGUUUUCUCCUUAAGAAUCGUACAGGCGCAUGACAGGAGCGGAUAUGGCUGAUCAA